AUGCACAAAGAACCAUGUUUUUACGUGAUUAAGAAAAUUGAGCCAUUGAUGUCAGAUCCGUCAGGUGUGAGGUGUCGCGCUUUUGCUGAACGUGUAUUUCGUGGGCACAACUUCGGUGUUGUUCCCGUUCCGAAUUCCCACGAACCUGAUUGGCGUCUCCUAAGCAUUGAGGAGGGCGAAAAGUUGCAGGAGAGUACCAUCCAUGGGUCAAAUCGUGCUCCAUAUGUACCAGUCAAAUGCGUGGCUCCUAUGCCGCCGGUUCUUGCAAUAAAACUGCGCAAUCUAGGGAAAAUUCCGAAGGAUAUUGUUGCAGCUGCGCGUCAGGCUGUUCCUUCAACUGCAACUGCUGCUGCGCGUGAAGGAGACGGAUAUCUUUUGUUGACGAAAAUCUUCGACAAUCCCACUCUUUUUCAAGUCCCCAUGGAACCGACAGAAGACGAGAAGCGUCGAGUCUUCCCCAGCUACCACACUCAGGUGGAGUUACCGGGGGGGCUGGUACGGAAGACAGUGGACGAUGUUGCGUCCAAAGCGCGCAACGUCUACUACAUUCGCCGCAGCGACACACCUGGUCUGCGGUGGCGGGUCGAGUUGGCGGACACGACCGUUGAGGACGAUCUACUGCAAUUGUCGCCGUCUUCUGUACCCCCACAGCCUCCUACUUCCUCUGACAGUUCUGGUAACGAAGCCGAACACUCAAAAAGUUGUAAUUAA